CUGGGCAGGAGGACUUCAAGUGGGAGGUUCGGGAGGACCCCAGCUUGGAGGGACUCCGGCAGAUGGCUCAGGAGCAAGAGACUGAGUUCACUCCAGACAAGAGGGAACAGGUGGUCUGGGAUAAGGGGCUUCUCUAUCGGUUGUGGGUGCCGAAGAACCAUGCCGAGACCUGGGAGCCUCAGCGCCAGCUCAUAGCCACUUCUGCUUCUGGCUCAUUCGUCCCUCCUGCUGGGACGUGCUGCACUUGUGCUAGCAGCUGCAGAGCCACCGUGGGAAGCACUGCCGGGAUGGGCGAGAGCGUCACAUAUGCUGAGCUGCGGUUCUCCAAGGCCCCCUCGGGACGAAGUGUGACCCCCCAGGCACAAGGGGAAGCCCUACAAGCACCAGGAAAGGCCGAUGACACCCACGAGACCUUCCAGCUGGGCCCAGUGGGUGAGGCACCAUCAGGACAUGGGGCCCAGCAGCAUAGAGAGCCCCGGUGGAGCAUACAUCCCCUGCCCCUGGUCCUGCUGGCAGCCUGCCUGGCCCUUCUGGCCACCACCAUCACCCUGGGGGUAUUCUACUGGCAGGUGGGCAAUGAGCUGGAGCAGGCCCAGGCAGAGCUGAUGAACCGCAGCCAGGCCGAGCUCCAGAAUAUUACGCGGGAGCUAGAACAUGCACAGCAGCUGGCCCAGAAACUGCAGCAACAGCUGGACAGAGCCCAGGCCACUGUGCAGUCCUGCCAGCUCACAGACUGCUGCCCGGAGACCUGGAUGCUGCAUGGUGGGAAGUGCCUGUUCCUCUCCAAGGAGGAGACGACCUGGGAGCAAAGCAAACAAGAGUGUGAAGUAAAAUCCUCCCGGCUCCUCGUCCUCCAGGACUGGGACCACGGGACCAUGCCGAGCUUUCUUGCCCACACGGACACCCCGUACUGGAUCGGACUCAGAUUCAUAUGGGAUUACAAGUCAGGCUCAAAUCAGUGGCAGUGGGAGGACAGCACCCUGUACAACCCGCCUGGGAGUAGGACAAGUGAUGGUGUUUUUGGAACAAUAAGAAGGGGCAGAAUAGAGAGAAGAGACUGGCCCUAUGAGAAACACCGCAGGGUCUGCGAGAGGCCGGCCGGCCGCCCCCAGGGAUCCACAGGGACUGACCCCAGGGCAUGAAGGCACGAGGGUCCCAUGACUACAAGAGCAAGUGUCCACAGCAUCGCAGCACCAGGGACUCAUGUCCCCUUCCCCACUUGUCAGCUGGGUCCUGCACCCCCCACACACGAGGUGGGACUGGCUCUGGCUGCCCCCUCACCCUGCCUCUCCGCUUCAGCUCGUGGCUCCAGGGACCAGCUGCCCCCUGCACCAGCCUGAUCCCCUCGCAGCGCCAAGGACUCAGCAUCGCCUGCUCUGGGAAACGGUCCAGCAGACAGGGCCCAGCAAAGGCAUUAGCGGAUGUUCCCAGGACCCCGGAUCAAUGCCAGAGCUCGGCUGCCAGACCCUGCAGGCCUGAUCCAGUCAGACACGGCAGCAUCUCUGACCUGCCCCCAGCACACGUGGGGGUGGCGGGGGCUAAGGGUCCCCCUCCUUUCCCAGCAGUGAGUUCAGCAGAGCGGCGAUGUGGUGCUGGCAGACGUCUGCUCACGGCCACCUGUCCAAGUGGGCUCCAGCUCUGUGGGUCUCAGCUCCUGCCCUCCUUCCUGUCUGCUCCAGAGGGCCUGGCCAUUUUACUGGCCUCUGGUGUUUAUAGGCCGGAAGCUGCGCUGGGCCCCAUAGGCUGCAUACAUGAUGCCCAUGCAUGGGCCCUGGCAGCAGGGCAGGAGGGGAACCUCCCACCCCACCAGGGCUUGCACCUGCCUCCCGCUGCCUUGUGCACCAGGCAAAAAUGCACCAACCCCACCGUCCCCUGGCUGCAGCCCCCUCCCCACAGCAGCCCACACUGAUGCAGGACCAGCAGGCAGAACCCCAUUCCCUGAUCCCAGUCACUGUCCUGCUCCCCUGUGCCCACCCAGGGCAGGAGGGGACCCUGGGGCCAGGUCGGGGGUCCCAGCAGCCCUGGGGUCACUUUCCUGGCGACUGUGGCGCCAGUUGCUGGGACAAGCAUUGCCACUGGGGACCCAUGCAGACCAAGGAGCCAGCCCUGCACUGGAGGCCCAUGGGUGCCCACAUCAUGUCCCACAGAGCUUCAUACUGGGGACCUCCUCAUGCCCGGGGGCACAGGGGACGUGGGAUGCAGCAUGGUACAGGCAGGUGUAUUGAACGCUGUAAAUAAGCUGGGAUAUAUAUUGCUGCCAUUCAUGCCCCUCACGAUCAUCUUCAUAUUAUUAAACUGCUGAGAUUGCAUUUACCAGUGCCAUGUGCGGGGAAGUGAGCACUAGGGCAGUGUCAUUUCUGGCCUUCCUAUUGCACACAGGUCUGCCCCAAUAGCUGCUCCAUCACUGGGACCCCCACACCACUAAUCCCCCUGCCCUGUGCCAGGGGCUGUACGCACUGCUCUCACUACCCUUGGGAGACCAGGCAGAGGAAGCAACAUGCAGGCCACAGGCCCCUUGUCUGUGCACAUCCGUCCUACAGCUGCAGGGGAAGGGGGACAAGUCACGUGAAACCAGCUCCUCCACAACACCCUCCCUGCUCCCAGCUCUAGCAACUGGCCAGAUCCAGGGCCCUGGUGCUGGCUUCCAGCUGGUGAGAGGUGGGCUGCAGUGUCCCUAGGAAGUGGCACAGCUCAGUUGUUGUACCCAGUUCUUGGACUUGGGGGAGGCAGGUGGCGAGUGGUAUGUGUGGGUGACAUCACAGGGGCGAAGAAGUCAGCAUGUGCCUCCACUGUGGGCUUGGGCAUCAUGGGGCUCCUUGGCGGGAAGUUGGCGUGGGGCAGUAAGGUCGAAGGACAGGGACGUGACCCACUUGCUGAGUGUAUUCAACAUCUUGGUCUUGCUGCCCUUGAAGUCCUGGCACUGGGAGAAACAAUUGAGGUGGGGUGGCAUCUCCCUGGUCCAGGCACAUACUUUGGCCUCCGGGGGCUGCUGUGGGCUGGGGGAGCAUGUUGGAAAUGUGUCCGACGGGCUGCGGGACAGGUGCUGGUCUUCUCCAACUGAGGCAUCUGAAGCUGCACUCGCCUUUUUGUGAGGUGCGUCGCGCUGCAGAAUUGUCCCAAUUUUCGCAACUCCCAGGUCCAUGUCUACGGUGCUGCCAUCCCACCAGGGACUCCCAGACUCUUCCUGCACUUUGGAUCUCUCCUCCCUGGGAAGAAACUUGCACUGGUCUGCACUGCCCUGCCCUACACUGCCUCCUGCCCAGCUAUCCAGCUGACAGGGUCUUUCCAGACUCUACUCCCCUCCACCAGCCUGGUGACAGUCCUGCCCCAUUUCACAUCCCCUGCAGCCUGGCUCCAGCAGCUCUGUGCCCACAUCCAGGUCCUUAAUAAACAUUGUGC